AUGGCAUACUUUGAAGUUGUUCCUCAUUGGGUAUUCUUAAUGUUCCUGUUUGUUUUCCUUGAUUCAGGUCACAAUCUUGUUGAAUUAGAGGUGAAGAAUGCAUGGCUUUCUGUGGACAAUCUGAAUCAGAUGUUAAUGGUAACAAGUUUAACACUCGAAUCCAUGCGAUUAAAUGACAAGGAAUUAACCCAGUUGAAUAAGUCCUUCCCUAAUCUUCAAGUUUUUAACUUGAUAGAUGUUAGAGGAUUUAAACUACCCAAAAUCCAUCUUCUCCACCUAAAAACAUGUCACUGGACUAUAACUGAUGCUCCACCAUUUAUAAAUGUUAUCGCACCCAACCUUAUCACACUCAGAAUCGAGUGUAAAAAGCGUGCUGCAAUUCGUGUUGAAGCUCCAUUGUUAACUCACUUCCAUCUUUCCAUUCCUCAUGCGGACCCACUUUUACUCAGAAGGUAUGGGAGUAUAAAAACAGCUUGGAUUGAGGCUUCACUCAUUUACCCCUUACUUGCUCAGCUUCGAUAUACAGAUACCCUAGAUCAUCUAACUUUGGAUUCACUAGGUUUGAUUAGAGGGCCUUUUGGAAUAUUCAAAUUUACCCUACAGAAUUUGAUCAAUAUUUUCCCCAACAUGACUUCUUUAUGUUUUCGGUCAAGGGCAUGGUCGGCAUUUCAGACGAGGGCUAGCAUAUUUGGGAUUGGGAUGGAAGGAUUGAAAACUUUUUGUGGGUAUCUGAUGAUAGUUGACCUUUCAUCGACUUUAUAUUCGGUUGCUUAUGUACUGGAUCAAUGCUAUAACUUGGUAGAUGUCUCUUUACUUAUCCACCGUAAUGUUUCUUCUAAUGUAUCGAAAGAUUUUAUGCGGACAUGCAUGCUGAGGUGGCCUAAACUAAAUUGGAGAUGGGGAACAUGGGAGGAAGGAAAGGAAGAUUCUUGGAUUAGUGAUGAAGAUUUAAUGCAAAUAUCAUCUUACAAGAAGCCUGAGCUUCGAUGUGUAAAGAAACAAAGACGUUGAGAAGAUGUGGAGAAAGGUAUUUAGAUGGUUGCAUGUUUUGGAAUGUUGUUGUUUGUUAUGGUAGUAUGUUUAUAUUAAUCGAGGGUUUAAAAACGAUCGUAUGUGGAUGCUUAUGCGUAUGCGUAUGCGCAUAAUAUAAGUUUAAUUAUAUUAUAUUGUUUUCUCA